AUGGGAGAGUGGAACGAGCACGAUCACUGCCAUGCAAGGAAGGGAACUGUGCAGUCGCUGCACCAUUUCAUCAAGCGUGCCUCCCGGACGAAACCCAUUCCCGAGGAAGACGAGGGUGCCGGCCUGCACAAAUGCUUGCGGACUAAAGACGUGGUGGGCUUUGGCUUGGGUGUGACUGUGGGCGCGGGGGUCUUCAUGGCUACGGGAAAGGCCGCCCAAGAGGCUGGCCCCGCCGUGUCUAUCGCCUUCCUCAUUGCGGCAUUUGGUUGCAGCUGUACAGGACUGUGCUAUGCGGAGAUGGCGAACCUUGCACCUUCCACUGGCAGCUCAUACUCGUUUGUCUAUCAUACGGCUGGAGAGCUGCCUGCCUGCAUGGUUGGCAUCAUCAACAUCGUAAACAACGUCCUCUCCGGCUCUGCUGUUGCGAGGGGCUGGGAAGGCUAUCUGCGGCUAUUGCUGGUGUCCUGCGGCCUGGAACCCCCUGCCUUCAUGAACGGCUUUGAGUUCGGCCCUUUCGAG